GCAAAACGAAGGCUGGAACUAGGAGAAAGUGGCCACCAGUAUCUUGCUGAAGGACUAAAGACUCCAAAGGGAAAAGGAAGAGCUGCGACAAGAAGUCCAGAUAGCCCAAAAACCCCAAAAUCUCCUUCAGAAAAGACUCGAUAUGAUACAUCUCUCGGCCUUCUUACAAAGAAGUUCAUUCAGUUGUUGAGCCAAUCUCCUGAUGGGGUCUUAGAUUUGAAUAGAGCAGCAGAGGUCCUCAAGGUGCAAAAAAGGAGGAUUUACGAUAUCACCAAUGUACUGGAAGGCAUCCAUCUCAUUAAGAAAAAAUCCAAAAACAACAUUCAGUGGAUGGGCUGCAGUCUGUCAGAGGAUGGUGGCAUGCUGGCACAGCAUCAAGGCCUUACGAAGGAGGUGACUGAACUGACUCAGGAAGAGAAAAAACUGGAUGAGCUAAUCCAAAGCUGCACCCUGGACCUCAAGCUGUUAACAGAGGACUCGGAGAACCAGAGAUUAGCUUAUGUGACGUAUCAAGACAUUCGAAAAAUUAGUGGCCUUAAAGACCAAACUGUUAUAGUUGUGAAAGCUCCUCCAGAAACAAGACUUGAAGUGCCUGACCCAGUGGAGAGUGCAUUGAUACAUUUAUCUAGUACUCAAGGACCUAUUGAAGUUUAUCUGUGCCCAGAAGAGAAUGAUGCCCUCAGUCCAAUGAAAACUUAUAGUCAGGAUCACAACGGAAAUAUUUCCAAACCCAUUGCCAAAGAAGUGGCUUCUGCUAACUCAGGACAAGGUGACUGCUCGUUAAAUAUAGCAACAAUCUCUCCAUUGGCUUCUCCAGCCAACCUUCUCCAGCAGACAGAGGACCAGAUUCCCUCAAACUUUGAAGGACCAUUUGUGAAUUUGCUGCCUCCUCUGCUUCAAGAAGAUUAUUUGCUGAGCCUUGGGGAUGAAGAAGGCAUCAGUGACCUCUUUGAUGCUUAUGAUUUAGAGAAGCUUCCUUCAUUGGUGGAUGAAUUUAUAUACAGUUGAUUCUCUUAAACGCUGUCCAUAUCUAAAUCACGUUUUUAAUGGAAUCAAAAAACCUGGCAUCAUUCACAGUUGUCCCUUACUUACUAUAAAAUAGCAUUAUUAAAUAAACUAGGCUCUUGAACAGUGCUGAUAUUUUAGGGAGUAUUUAAUUAAAAUACUAUAAACAGCAAGUGAAGGCCUUCUCCUUGACCCUAAGCUCCAGCGCCUUGUGAGUCGGCAAGUGCAAGCAGGUGCCCAUAAAUAUUUUGUCUUCACACUCCACC